UCGUUUGCGUGAAAACGUGUGGGAUUCUCGCUUGCCAUAUUUACACCAAUUCAAAACCAGUAAGCAAAUCCUGGCAGGAGUGUAAUAAUAACGCUGACAAUAUAAAUAACAAGAAAAUUACUGAAGAGCACUAGAAUGUCUGUUGACAAGACUGCAGACUCAGCAACCGAAAAGCAUGAAGGAACAACUACUACUUCAAGGAUUACUGAUCAAGAAAAGGAGCUUGCAGCCAAUGCUUAUCAGGCUUUUAUGUGUGCAAGUUAUGAGCAGUGUCUUCAGUGCCUUGGGCGUCUGCAGGAGCUGAGUAAGGAUGAUUACAAAAUAACCCUGAAUAAGGCAGUAACAGAAUUUUAUAAAAGUGGUCAGACCAUAACAGACAACUUGAAGCAAACACUCAACCAGCUGAAAAGCCAGGUUCAUUCUGCUAGUGAAGAAAUGGAUGGGUUGGAUGAUGUUGAAAACAGUAUGCUGUAUUACAACCAGGCUGUAAUUCUGUAUCACCUGCGUCAGUAUACAGAAGCUAUAGAAAUAGGAGAAAAGCUGUACCAGUUCAUAGAACCAUUUGAAGAAAAGUUUGCCUAUUCCGUGUCUUUUUUGUUGGUGGACCUUUAUCUGCUAACAUACCAGGCUGAAAGAGCUUUACAUCUUCUUACUGUACUCGAGAAAAUGCUUUUACAUGGACACAAUAAUAAAAAUGGCAAAGCAAGUGAGACUUCUAAUAAUUCAUAUAAAGAAAAUGCAAACCAAAAGGUUGAAAGUGGAGGACAGUUGGAAGCUGCCAAAUCUAAAAUCCAUCAGUAUAAAGUAAGAUCAUAUAUCCAGACAAAGGCUUUGAAAGCGUGUAAAAGAGAAAUCAAAUCAGUCAUGAAUACAGCUGGAAAUUCUGCCUCAUCUUUGUUUUUGAAAAGUAAUUUUGAAUAUUUGAGGGGAAAUUAUCGAAAGGCUGUGAAGUUAUUGAACAGCGCAAAUAUUUCUGAACAUCCUGGUUUCAUGAAAACAGGUGAAUGUAUUAGGUGCAUGUUUUGGAAUAAUCUUGGCUGUAUCCAUUUUGCAAUGGGAAAACACAAUUUGGGAAUGUUCUAUUUUAAAAAAGCACUACAGGAGAAUGAUAAUGUUUGUGUUCAGCUGUCUGCAGUGAGUUCAGACCAAGGUAAAAAAUUUUCUGGACGCCCAAUGUGCACACUGCUUGCUAACAAAAGGUAUGAGCUACUGUAUAAUUGCGGUAUUCAGCUGUUACAUGUUGGAAGACCUUUGGCAGCCUUUGAAUGUUUGAUUGAAGCUGUUCAGGUUUAUCACUCCAAUCCACGUCUCUGGCUGAGAAUAGCAGAGUGCUGCAUUGCUGCAAAUAAAGGGACUCCAGAACAAGAAACAAAAGGCCUUCCAAGCAAAAAAGGGAUUGUGCAGUCAGUUGUGGGUCAAGGAUAUCAUCGCAAAAUAGUACUAGCAUCCCAGUCAGCACAGAAUGUCGUCUACAAUGAUGGACAGUCUUCAGCUAUUCCUGUAGCCAGUAUGGAAUUUGCAGCCAUCUGUCUCCGAAAUGCAUUGCUUUUGCUUCCUGAAGAACCAGCAGAAACAAAACAAGAAAAUGGUUCAAAAGCACCUUGUCAGUUAGGAACCAUUGAAAGCAACAGUGAAACCAGGGAAACGUGCAGUAGUAAAAGUCACGAAGGAGACAAAUUCAUUUCAGCCCCACCUUCCUCACCAUUAAGAAAACAAGAACUUGAAAACCUCAGGUGUUCAAUUCUAGCUUGCAGUUCAUAUGUUGCCUUGGCACUUGGUGAUAAUCUUAUGGCCUUGAAUCAUGCAGAGAAACUUCUACAACAGCCAAAGCUAUCAGGAUCUCUCAAAUUUUUGGGGCAUCUGUAUGCUGCUGAGGCUCUCAUCUCCCUAGACAAAAUCUCUGAUGCCAUUGCACAUUUGAAUACUGAGAACAUCACAGAUGUUUCCCUUGGAAUCUCUUCAAAUGAACAGGAUCAAGGUUCAGACAAAGGAGAAAACGAGCCUCUGGAAUCUUCUGGAAAACAAAUACCGCAGUGUUACCCAAACACAGUAACUACAGCACGAUCUAUGAUGUUGUUUAAUCUUGGUAGUGCCUACUGUUUGCGAAGUGAAUAUGAUAAAGCACGCAAGUGUCUCCAGCAGGCUGCAGCAAUGGUUCACCCAAAGGAGAUCCCACCAGAGGCGAUUUUACUUGCUGUUUAUCUGGAACUGCAGAAUGGUAACACUCAGUUGGCCUUACAGAUUAUCAAAAGAAAUCAGCUUCUUCCAUCACUGAAAAUAACAUCUCCUGAUGUGCGAAAGAAACCUGUCUUUCAUUCUAUCCAGCCCAUGCAGCCUAUUCAAAUGCCAGCAUUUACAACAGUCCAGAGAAAGUGAAUAAACUGUGAAUUCAAUAAGUGCUCUCUCACUUCAUAACCAUGUCAAAGCUACUGAGACACUUAAGUAAUCUGGACUGUUCAAUAGCAGGUUUUGCACAGAGAAAAUCUUCAGCACACCACCACCAAGCCAAUUCACUUUUAUUUAAAAAGAUUUUUUUGUGUUUUUUAACCUCAUUAAUCAAGUAAAAUACUUUGAGAAUUUUUAAGUUGUUUACAUUUUUGUUAGAAAAUAUAUUUUCACGUAUUUGUUUUUUAAGACCCUUCAUUUAAUUUCUUUUUUAACAUUUAUAUUUGAUUUAGUGGCGUAAUGGGCAUGAAUAAAGCUGUGCUGAUUUCA